UGUGAGGUACUCUGCGAAACUUGUCUUGCGCGUCGCGAAUUCAUGUGACCGUCGGUCGGGUCGGUCGUUCGUCUUUAUUGUGUACAGUGAAUAAAGUUAGUCAAACUGUACGCUCAGCAGGAAGAGGACAUGUUGACGUUGGAGUCGGACCUCAAGGGCGGCAGCCUGCACGCCACGGUGCCGCCGCACCACGCGCUCCAGCACGGCUACGGCUCGCUGGGCGCGCUCGGCGGCAUGAUGGCCCUGCCGCAGCAGCCGCCGCUUAGCCAACAUCAACAGAUGCAACAUCAACACCACCAACAGAUUCCUCAGCAUCACCAGCAGCCGACAAAUCAACAUCAUCAGCCACCGAACAACAACAACAAUACUACCAGCAAAAACUCAAACGCAGACCGUGUCAAGCGGCCUAUGAAUGCUUUCAUGGUGUGGUCGCGAGGGCAGCGCAGGAAGAUGGCAUCGGAUAACCCUAAAAUGCACAAUUCGGAAAUUUCGAAACGUCUCGGUGCACAGUGGAAGGACCUCUCUGAAUCAGAAAAAAGGCCGUUUAUCGAUGAAGCGAAGAGACUACGAGCUGUUCAUAUGAAAGAACAUCCAGAUUACAAAUACAGACCACGAAGGAAGACGAAGACCCUUGCUAAGAAACAGGACAAAUAUCCGCUCGGUGGCGGAGCACUACUAGGUGGCGGCGAGCCGCAGCGUGCGAACGCGCCCGUGGCCCAGCAGCCGCGAGACGUCUAUCAGAUGACAACAAACGGAUACAUGCCAAAUGGAUAUAUGAUGCACGAUCCGAGUGCUUACCAACAGCAGGCUUACGGAUAUCCGCGCUACGACGUCUCACAAAUGCAGCAAGGAAGUUACGGCGGCGGAUACUAUGGCGGGCAGGGAUCACCAUAUCUGCCGCAGCAGCCACCUUCUCCGUCAGCUUACGGCCUCGGGCCGGGCUCGCCGGGCAACUACGCGCUGCCGCCGUCGUGCGCCUCGCACUCGCCGAGCGGCUCGUCCGCCAAGUCGGAGCCGGUGUCGCCGGGCCCGCCUGGCAUGAAGCGCGAGUUCGUGGCCCACGAACAACAGAUGAAACGCGAGUUCGUGCCGCACUCUCACCCGCACGAGCAGCUGUCCAUGAAACGUGAAUACGGACAACAGGAACUGAGCCACAUCAUCAACAUGUACCACGUCCCGGACGAGCAGCGGUACGCCGCCGCCGGCGAGCGCGCCAUGCCGCUCAUCUGAGAGUCGCCAUUCGCGUGCGACAUCGACAUUCCGCCGCUCUGAGCACGUCGUGUCGCCGCAAGGACUCCCGUUUGUACCACCAGUGACAUUGUUGAAGUUUGGUUGUCGCAUAAAGGACAGUGAUCGUAACCGACAGUAUGCGCAUUUGGGUAUGUCCGUUUUGUUUGUUUAGUGACCGAACGCUGUUAGUGUUGCGCGGAAUGUUAACUUAGCAUUUUAAUAAAGCCCGCCGGUGCGCCGGCGGCCGAAUGUUCAAUUAAAUGUUGUUAUUGACACUUGUACUAUAUUAUUAUUACUGUAUUUUUUCAAGGCUUAUGUUAAAUAUUUUUACUGUGUCUAGAGGACGGAUGAGUCGUUUCUGAAUGAAGUUAAGCGAAAGAAGACUAGAGUGAGAGAGGUAAUUUCAAUACCAAAAAAAGGACAACUUUGUAAAUAUAAUGUUAAAAAUUAGAGUUAAAGUUAAGCUCGUCACAGACCUAUCUGUUAUAUGAAGUAAUUUAUCAUUAUCAUUUAUAGUCAUUUAUCAUAAUUUAUGGCAAGCUACCACACGGAGAUGAUAUUAUAUAUUUUGCCCUUAUUUUAUUUGUAAGGUCUCGUGAUGCUUAGAAAUAUAUAUUACAGCUGCGUGUGUCGGAAAUGUAUACAAAAUAAAUGUUGAUUGCCUGCCAUAAAACUAAUAUCUAUCUACCUAUAUACUCAUAUUCCAGCUGAGUCUGUGACGGCAUUAGUCUUUAAAAUAGUAAUAAGUUCGUGCCACGACGCACUCUCGCGCGCCGCGCCUUGUACAAAAUAUUUGUUAUAUGGAUUGAAAGUUAUAAGUUCUAAAAGACUAAAAAAUGUACAGUGAGUGUUAUAUAGUGAAUGGACACAAGAGUAUAUUGAGAAAGAGAUGAGAAUA